AGGGUUGGGUGUACGCAUACCAGUUGUGCCAUCUGUGAAAAGAGUUCAUACGGGCGAGAAGAACAGGAAAAGCCAAGCCACGACUAUUGUUUUAGCCUCAGGGGUACAGGUAAAGGGGAACCAGAGUUUGAAGAUAGGAAAAAUACAGGAAACUGUAACCUGAACUGUGUGUUUUAUUGCCGGAGUUUAACGGUUGAAUCGCCUCAGUUUAUGCGUUAACCUCAACAUACCCUCGUGUGAGGGGUUAGAAUGGAAACAACCCUCUACCCUUGUAAUGUGUUGAAUACUCGAGGGAUUUCAAGCCUCUAUUCCUACAACAGCAUGAUGAAGAAAGAAAUUAGUCUAAACCUGGAUGACCAAAGCUCGAUUCUAAAACCGAAUCUCCGGGACGCAGAGGGAAUUCUGAACUCCCCGGACUUGGGACUCUUGAAAUUGGCGACUCCGGACCUUGAACGAUUGAUUAUCCAAUCGAAUGGAAUGGUUACCACGAUCCCAACCUCUCAGUUCCUCUACCCAAAGUCAGCCAGUGACGAACAGGAAUUUGCCGAAGGCUUCGUUAAGGCGCUUGAGGAUCUUCACAAGCAGAACCAGCUGAGCGAGGGGACGUGCGUACCGCCGGACAGACUGGACCUUAUCAGCUCCAACGCAGCCCCAAUCGGCUUGCCGUCAGAUCUGCCAGUGUACACGACAUUGAACGGCUAUGGUAAUAGUCCACUGGGCAGCACAGUCAAUUAUUCCACGGACACAAUUCCAUUCCCACCACCACCUUCUCAUCUGAUGAGCGCGCAUCAACAGGCGGCUGCGGCGGCUCUGUCACGACUCCAGGCGUUGAAGGACGAGCCGCAGACGGUCCCCGACAUGCAGUGCUUUGGAGACAGCCCGCCGUUGUCUCCUAUUGACAUGGACAACCAGGAGCGCAUCAAAGCUGAGAGGAAAAAGCUACGCAACAGAAUAGCGGCGUCCAAGUGCCGCAAAAGAAAACUGGAGAGAAUAUCCCGUCUUGAAGACAAGGUCAAAAACCUUAAGACACAGAACACUGAACUGGCCUCCACAGCCAGUGUGCUUAGAGAGCAAGUGGCCCAGUUGAAACAAAAGGUUAUGAACCAUGUCAGUAAUGGGUGUCAACUUCUCCCAAACCAAGAUCAAGCUUACUAGAGGACAAUGUAGGCCUAUGAGGUACCCACCACCAUGGGGUUCGUUAUCCUUUGGGGAUAUGGACUAACUGAAACCCAGUAGGCUAUUUGCCUGUUCUAAUAGAAUACAAACUCAUUGCUGAAAAUCCAUUAGAACUGGAACACUAUGGGUCUCUCUUAAAAAAUGAGGCUAACAGACUAAUUUUGCUGCCCUCUUCAGAGGAAAAUGCACUAUCAGCUCUCCAAUGGACAAUAAUACAUAGCCGAACAAAGAUAGCAUUAUCUGCAUGUAAACUGGACAAUCUCAAUGAGUGCACCUAAACACCAGAAUGUCAGUGAGCGCAUGUCAUCCACUGUGUAAUAUAUAAUGCCUUACUUGUUUACAAGCACUUAUUUACCAAUGACAAAUGUAUAUUUUAUUUACUAAAACAUGUCUUAUUUUGCAUACUGUCUUUUAUAUUUUCUGCAAAUAUGAAUUGUGCGUGUCUUGUAAGCUCGUGUUGGCUACAGUAAUUUAAUGUUGUGCAACUCUGUGUAUCUGUCGCUAUCCAUGAAUGUAGCCUUCGUUGUUGGCCCUAUGUAGCCAUUUUGAACGGGAUUUGACCUCUCAAAGCUGUUUUAUUAAAUUCUAUGAAUUGUUUAUUCUGUUGUCAAAUGUUGUUGUGGACCGACUGUACUUUAUUUCAGUUCCUGUCCUAUUACACAUUGUGCCAGCUAUUUAUUAUAUCCUCUACCAGCAAUGGAUUUGUGUAGAAUAGGUGCAUAUUGUCCCCCCCUCCCCAUAUCCUGUUGUAUUACAGGCUUUGUUACAUUGAAAUAAAAAGGGGUAAAAUAGGUAGGUAGCAGUGAAAGUCCUACACUAUUAUGCCGCCUAUUGGCUUGAUGAGGGUAAUACCAUUGUCAGUUUGGGCCAAGAGGCUACUGUACACCCAACACAAAAAUGUGCCUCAAAGACAGAUUUGAAUAAAUGUUGACUCAUUUUUGCUUUUA